AUGAAGGUGGUGCAAAGGGGGUUGGAAGGUAGCCUGCGCUACCAAGACAAGAGGGAAGCAGCGUGGAGGAGGCUGCAGCUGGAGAGCAUUGAAACCCAUCGCACCGAGAGGAUGAUGGAAGGAUGGUCCUUCAUGGCAGUGGAGAUGGGCCAGGAGGACGGAGGUGGAGAAAAGGAGACGCUUCCAUUCCCUUGCCCGAACGAAUCCAUUCCAUGCCCGUUACUCUUCCAUUCUUUUGCUGUCAUUCCCAAGCCCACAAUCUUUCAUUCCCAUCCCCUCACGAGGGUGUUCCCUUGCCCUCCCUGUUUGCGUAGCGGCGGCACGUUGCCACAAGCAGCAUGGCCAGAUAUGCCCCUCUCACCCUUCCUAUGUCCUUCUCCCCUCCCUUACGUGCUCUAUGCUCCCACAUCUCCCAAUGCCCCUUACUCACUUGGCUCCCGUUUGCCUCCCUGCCACCUCUUCCCAACUCCUUCCUUUCAACCCCUCCCUUUCCUUGCACAUCCUUCCCUGCAGCCCCCUUCCGUACCUGCACCUCUUGCUCCUCCUCCUCGUAUUCCUCCUCCUUAUCCUCUUCCUUAUCCUCUACCUCCUCAUCCUCCUCUUCCUUCCCCUUUCCUUUUUAUCCUCUUCAUCCUCGGCCUCCUCCCCUUCUCCCCUUUUUUCCUUCUCCGAGCACUCUUCCCCCUGAUCCCCCACCUCCACUUCCCUCCUGCCGCUCUCUCUUCCUCCCAACCUCCUCUCCUCUCCUCCGCCCUGCUAGUCCCCCUCCUCUCCUUCCUCUCUCCCUCACUUUCUCUAACAUCCUCUCUUUUCUUGUGUCCUUCCCCCUCUUCCUCGCUUUCUCCCUCACACCGCUUCCUUUCUCUUCACAGCUUUCUCUCCACUCCUCCGUUGUUCACCACUUCCUCUCCCUUCUAUCCCACCUCCACCCCUCCUCUCCCCUCCACUCCCACUGCCCCUACCUUGUUCCCUCUUCCCCCGGCCACCCAAACCACUUUGCUUGUUCCCCUCUCCUCCCUCACCCUUCCUCGGACCCUCUUUCAAACCCUCACCCCCUUUCCCUCCUCCUCGUACUGCACCAAUUUUCGUUGUACCUUCACCGCUAGAGGAGACAGCCACGCUCUCUUAAUCUUCUUGCUCCGCACUCUCUCCAGCUGCCUCUCCCUCUCCCUCUCAUCCUCCUCCAGUCAGGAUUUGGGCAGUGGCUCCGUACUGACCUCGUAG